CUCAUACAAUCUCUCUCCAUUCGCUAGACAGUGGGAAUACAUCCGAAGACCUGAAAUGGUGAAGACUAUUUGAGGGGAAGACUUCAAGCACUGAGACCUGCAAGACACGGGGCAUGGAACCGUGUAACACAGAGAUUAUUAUAUUAAAAACGACACAUGUGAAUGCUUUGUUUUUUUGUUUUUAAUACUUUUGUCGAUAGAUAAUUUAGAAUAAGUUUUAUUUUAAUAUUCACCCGCUCACAAAAACUAUCAACUAAUCUUGGAACGCAUAGAAGAUGGACCCUAUUUUUAAUAUCACAGUCGUUGACAGUAUACUAAACGAGCCCAACAUCUCUGCUAACCAGACGGACAACUACAACCAGUUCGUUCAGCCUGUCUGGCAAAUUGGGCUGUGGGCUAUCGCUUACUGCAGCAUCGUCGCCGUGUCAGUGGUCGGUAACCUGGUGGUCAUCUGGAUCAUUCUCGCGCACAAACGCAUGAGGACCGUUACCAACUAUUUCCUGGUCAACCUGGCAUUCGCUGAGGCCUCAAUGUCGGCUUUCAACACAGUGAUCAACUUUGCCUAUGCUGUCCAUAACGAAUGGUACUUUGGGACAGUCUACUGUCGCUUUCAUAACUUCUUCCCCAUAGCGGCUGUCUUUGCCAGCAUCUAUUCCAUGACGGCCAUCGCGUUGGAUAGGUACAUGGCCAUCAUCCAUCCCUUGCAGCAGAGGUUGUCCUCCACACAGACCCGUGUGGUCAUCGGCGUGAUCUGGUUGCUGGCCCUUCUCCUGGCCUUCCCUCAGUACUACUACUCCGCCACGGCUGUGCUGCCCGGCCGAACCGUCUGCUACAUAGACUGGCCUGACUACAGCUCCCUCGACUUCCAGAAGAUCUACUAUGUCUGCGAGGUUCUUCUGAUCUACUUCCUGCCCCUGUGCAUUAUGGGGUGUGCAUAUCUGGUGGUGGGCGUGACCCUGUGGGCCGGUGAGAUCCCUGGGGAUUCCUCGGACCGCUACAGAGAGCAGCUCACAGCGAAACGCAAGGUGGUGAAGAUGAUGAUCGUGGUGGUGUGUACGUUUGCCGUGUGCUGGCUGCCCUUCCAUGUCUACUUCCUGGUGCACCAGUUCUUCCCCGAGAUGUUUGAGGAGCGCUACAUCCAGCAGGUGUACCUGGCCAUCAUGUGGCUGGCUAUGAGCUCCACCAUGUACAACCCCAUCAUCUACUGCUGCCUCAACGACAGAUUCAGGGCAGGGUUUCAGCAGAUGUUCUGCUGCUGUCCGUGUGUCGCUGCCAGCUCAUACGAGGGACUGGAGCUCAAAUCUACCCGCUACCUACAGACCCAGGUCAGUGUGUACCGGGCAAGCCGGAUGGAGACCAGCGUGUCCACCGUUAUCCAGCCCACAGACCUGGACCGUUUUAGGGCCGAACAGCCAGCCGGCACCCCUCUCAACCUCCAGGCCGCGGAGCCCACCUCGAAUGGCUCCCCCCAGUCUACCAAACACAACUUGGAAUUGCGUUCAAGUGCAAGCCUUGUGAAUUAAGAGACUGGCUCUGGGUCCAACCUGGAUGGGACAAGUUCAGAUACCGAUUGAGACUCACUGAUAGUCCCCCCUCCCUCGUCAUCAGCACGUUUGUUCUCUGUACAGUUCCAACCCAAUUCCAGAACUUUAGAUACCUUAACCCUCCGCUGCCCUGAGCAACAGAAAUAUCUCAGUGUCCAGUUAUUAGGUUACAGCUGUGUGCUGUGUGUAUAGGGGCAGUGUGCGUGUGUGUGUGUAUGUGUGUAUAGGGGCAGUGAGUGUGUGUGUGUGUGUUGGGUGACAGCAGCUGUUUAGGAGGAUUACCCCCCCUGCCCCUGACAAUGUGUGGAGGGUUGCUCUGUACACCAGGCCAGACCACGAGGGCAGCUAUAAACAGAACAGAUGAGAGACAGAGAGGGAGAGAAGGAGAAGA